AUGUCCGACUCUGAGGAUCCCAUCGACCCCAUCGACGAGGGAGGCGACGACCUCUUCGGCGACGAGCCUGACGAGGUUGACGAGGCGCCCGCAUCUCCCAAAGAGCACGUUCUCGAUGACGACGAACUAGCUUCAGACCCGGAGGGUGAUGACCAGCAUGGCAGAUAUGACCAGCAUGAUUACGGAGCGCAAGAUGAGGACGAGGUCAGGGAGCGCAUGGUAGUCGACGUGACAGCGUACCGUCAUCCGGUGCCUAAGCCGACGGAUGGAGUGCUGCGUGUCCUGCGCGUUCCCAAAUUCAUCCGCCUGCACCCCGAAGAGUAUCGCCCCGACAGCUUCGAGCCGUCGGAGCUAGACAUUGCCAACGCCAAGCAGGAGCAUCCUCAGCAGGUAGUCCGGUUCCGCCGGGACGCCGACACGGGGCGUCUUCACAGCAACGCCAACCUGCUCCGGUGGAGCGACGGGUCGGUGACGGUGUCGGUGGGCGGGGAGCAGUACGAGAUCCAGAAGAAGCCCCUGGCGCCCCCGCCGGGCAAGGCCUACAACGAGCUGCAGGACGCGCACUACUACGCCGCGGCUGCCGAGCUGAGCAGCAACAUGCUCAUGACGGUGGGCCACGUGACGGAGCAGUACAGCGUGCGGCCCAACAAGGACGUGGGCGACGAGGCGCUCAACCGCCUGGCCGACAGCAUGGCCCUGGCCAGCAAGAUGGCCCAGAACAGCCUCAUCAUCCGCACCACCGUCGAUCCGGAGCUCCAGAAGAAGAAGGCCGAGCAGCUCGAGAAGGAGCGCCUCAAGGCCCAGCGACGCCAGGAGAACGCCCAGGCCCGCCAGGACUUUGGCAUGGGCCGGUCCUCCGGCCGCGGCGGCGGCGGUCUCUCCAUAGGCGCCCUCGAGGGAGGCGGUCGCCGGAAGAGGGCCGCGCCCGGCGGUCCGAAGCAGCCCAGGAAGCGCCGCCCCGAUUACGACUCCGACGACGACCUGCCCCCCGGCGGUGGCGGCCACCAGGAAAAGUACGACCUCGACGACGGCUUCCUGGUCGAUAGCGAUGAGGAGGAAGAGGAGGAGAGCGGGGCGGGCGACGAUGACGACGACGACGACGACGACAUGCUGGACGACGAGGCCCCCUCGCGCUCCAAGCGCCAGAGGACGGCUGAGGCUGACGAGGACGGUGACGAGGACGCGUCGGGCGACGACGUGGAAACCGCCCCCGAGGCGGUGUCCAGGAGCCGUCGGCGCAACGUUGUCGACGACGACGACGAAUGA